AAUUGAAAAAGAAAUAACUAAAAAUAAAAAAUCAAAAAAUUUAUAAAGUGAAAAGUUGGGAUGGAAAAUGAGUUGUAAAAUAACCCUAAUAGAGGAAGUGUUAUAAUUUGUAAGAACAUAACCGCCAACCAGUGGAAAGGUAACACAAAACCACAUAACAACAGCUGCUUUGCGGAAGUAAAGAAGUAAAGAAGGAUGAAAGUAUGAAUAAAUACUCAAGUUCUUAUAAAUCAUGAGUAUAAUAUUUUGGCAAUAAUAGCCCAGGAAGGAAAAAAUACUCGUGGCAAAACCAUGAACAACGAAACUGCGUCGAAAAGACAGCAAUGCGCAUCGCCACGCAACAAUCUUCUGGCGAGAGCAAUACAAAAUAACUCCCAGUUACCAGAAAUUCGAACCAAAUAUAGAAAAGUUAGAUUAAAGUUAAUUAGAAACUCAGUAGUUUUUUAUAUAAGCUCAAUAGCAUUAGUGUCGUUGACCAUACUACAAACGGUGGCCAGUAAUCGACCGCCAAGGUUCGCAAUCGAUGGUGGACAAUCUGAAAUUGUUUUACGACUGAAGGAGAGUCCGGAGACUGCAGUGGGUACCCAUAUAUACACCCUUAAAGGUUACGAUCCCGACGAUGAUCCUUUACUCUUUGGUAAGCGUCCAUCGAAAGAUAGCGAGGUCAUACGGAUCGAAAACACAGGUGGUAGUGAGGCCAAUGUCUACUUGGCCAAAGCAUUAGAUAGAGAGCUGCAGGAUGAAUACUCCAUAGUUUUAACACUUACCGAUAAUCAUUACAACGACUUUAAUCAUGUCACGCAAAGUUUUCUACUACUUGUGGAGGACAUUAACGACAACGCACCAGUUUUUUUACCUUACCAAAGCGCCAUUGAAAUACCAGAAAAUAGUGAUCCCGGUGUAUUAACAACAUUAGAGGCAACAGACGAAGAUGAAGGUGCUUACGGACAAGUUGUCUACUAUCUACAAGAACUGGAUGGCGACAAUGAUAUAUUUUCCAUAUCAACGUAUCAGGGCAAAGGUGUACUACGGCUGGCGGGCGAGUUGGAUUAUGAGACUAAAAGUCUAUACCAAUUACGUGUCUUGGCUGUGGAUCGCGCUAAUCAGGGACCCGUCAAUACCGGCACCGCUGCCAUACUAGUCAAGGUGAUUGAUGUUAGCGAUCAGCCACCCGAAUUUGUGCAAGUUCAAGCGAUAGCACGCAUACCCGAAAACACAGAGGUUGGCACGCGUGUGCUACAAGUACGCGCUAUUGAUGGUGAUCGCGGCAUUAAUAAUCCGAUAGAAUAUGAAAUGGAUCCGAAUGAGUUAUUCGAUAUUGAACGUCAAACAGGCGUUGUUUACACCACUCAACAGCUCGAUCGUGAGGACACCAGCCAGCAAGUAAAUGGCGCGUAUAUAUUGAGAAUAACGGCGACAGAGGUGCCACAGUUGAAAUUGAGCACCUCUGAAGAAUUGAUGCAAGUAAGAACAGAAGUUACUGUUAUUGUAACGGAUAUCAACGAUGAAAUACCAACAUUCCGCCAAUCAAUUUAUCGCUGUGAAAUUAAUGAGAACUCGCAAAGCAAUACCCCAUUGAGUUUUAUUGACGAUGACGUACAGAAUUUCGUGGAAGAUCAUGAUGUAGGCAAUAAUGGCACCUUCCGCUUGUUUUUGGAUCCACAAAAUGAUCUCUUCGAAAUCGUGCCUGCUGUCGCGGUGAAUGAGGCUAACUUCAUGGUGAGAGUGAAAAAUGCUAAGUCAAUUGAUUACGAGGAAAUAAAGGAGAUAAAUUUCACGCUCUUUGCAAGAGAAAUCGACGAGCCGACUAGAUGGGGGUUCGCACAUCUUCAAGUUUACAUACGUGAUCAGAAUGACAACUUUCCCGAGUUCACACGAGCAAUUUACAAUGUCAGCAUACCGGAGAAUAGUGAAUUGGGCACGAUCAUAACCAAAAUUGAAGCGACAGAUGUAGAUUCGGGCGAUUUCGGCACAAUGGGUAUACGUUUUCUUAAUCUACGUGGAGGAAUAGCACAUUUACUAUACCUAAAUCCCAUUACUGGCGUGAUUACCAUAAAACAGCCCGGCGACGCAGCUUUCGAUCGUGAAAUCAUAUCUUUACACUACCUCACCGUGGAAGCGAUCGACAAUGUGGGUAUUGGUAACCGUAACACCGCACAGAUUAUUAUCAAUAUUGAGGAUGUCAAUGAUAAUGCACCAAUCUUCCUGCAACGGCACUAUGAAGCCAAAUUACUGGAGAACAAAGCCGAAUUCGAGACGCCACUAAUGUUGGAGGCACGAGACAACGAUCUUAAAGGCACCGAGAAUAGUCAGAUAACUUAUGAAAUUGUCGAGGGACUUUAUCGUGCAAAUUUCACUAUUGAUCCUGAAAAUGGUUUACUGCAACCACUACACGCGUUCGAUUAUGAGGAGUUACUAGAGAAUAGACGACGUGUGCGUCGGCGCGCCGACAAUGGUGUGCGUGAGAUCGAUUUGUUAGUACGUGCCCGAGAUUCAGGCAUCCCUAUGCUAUCCACAGUGGUGCCCGUCUUGAUCUAUAUCGAAGAUGUCAAUGACAAUCCGCCUAUAUUUCAAAAGAAUUUCUACGCCAAAACCAUAACUGAAGAUCUUCCGGGUGGCAGCUCGGUGCUACAAGUGAUGGCCAUUGAUCGUGAUGGCUCUGAACCAAAUAAUCUGGUUGUCUAUCGUAUCCAAAUGGGUGCGAGUGAUAAGUUUAUCAUAAAUUCGGAAUCGGGCGUAAUAUCGGUAGCGCAUGGCGCCAGUCUUGAUCCGGACUUAACAGAACCGAAGAAACUUGUAUACACGUUGACUGUGCUGGCUUUGGAUGGUGGUAUAGGAAAUUCUCAACUCAUGAACCCUACAACCGUUAACAUAACAAUUAAGGAUGUGAAUAACAAGCCACCAGUUUUGGGUGAGCUACCGUCUAUACGUAUCAUGGAGAAUACUGCUGUUGGCACACUCGUAUAUCAAGUACAGGCUACGGACCUGGACGAAAUGCCAAUUUUACGUUAUCGCAUAAAUCGUGAACACUGCGAGGCGCGCAAUGAGGAGGGCACAUUCGUCAAAUUGAGUGAAUUUGAUUUUUUAAGUGCCUUCGACUUGGAUCCCAUUGAGGGUACACUCAAGCUACUGAAACUGCUGGACCGCGAGAAGGUGGAGUAUCUCAAAUUGGCCAUAAGCGUCGAGGACUUGGCAGCGGUAAAAGGCAAGCAAGUGGUCGAAGGCUUUUUGAAUAUAAUAAUCGAAGAUGAAAAUGACAACAAUCCAAAGUUCAAACAGCCAUUCUAUCGUAAAACAAUAACCGAAAACAGUAUUAACGGUGUAUUGAUUGCAAAUGUAAUCGCCUAUGACGUCGAUAAGAAUAAGACAAUCACGUAUUCGCUGGAGGGCAAUCCCGCUAUAAGAAAUCUGGUUCAUCUUGAUUCGCUAACUGGCGAAAUGGUGGUCGCUAAUAAAAUCGAUCACGAACAAUAUCAGUGGUUGAAUUUAACUGUACGUGCUACGGACUCCGGUGUGCCAUCACGAUCUGCCCUGGUUGAUGUUUAUGUGUCGGUCUUGGACGAAAAUGAUAACAAUCCGUAUUUCAUUGGUGGUUCUAAAAAUUAUACGAUAAGUGAAAAUGCCGAAGUAGGCGCGAGAAUUGGCACUGUACAAGCGACUGAUGCCGACUCAGGUGAUUUCGGUAAAAUCACAUUCCUCAUGGAUCGCAUAAGCUCGCAGGGCAAGUUUUCAAUCGACGCAGACACUGGUGUGCUCUCUGUCGCCGAUAAAUUAGACCGAGAAACAAAGGACUUUUAUAUGUUGGUAAUCGAGGCUUGGGACAACUAUCAGUUCGGUUUCCUAGCCGGCGAGAGCCGCAAUGCCUUCAAGCAAAUAUUUAUAUCCAUAUUGGACGAAAAUGAUAACCCCCCGGAAAUUUCAUUGCCCACAAGCUGUGUGCUGAUUACGGAAUAUCACGAAUUGAAUGAAAAAAUCGCGACUAUACGUGGCAAAGAUGCAGAUGAUCCGAACUCUCCAAAUGGACGCUUAGAAUUUAAAAUCACGAAAGGCAAUAAAUUUGAUCUUUUUGAACUGCAUCAACUCGAUCAUUGGACUGCAAAUAUUUAUGCGCGCACCCAUUUGCGCAAUAAAUUUGGUAAUCACACCCUCACCGUAACCACACGUGACCUGGGUGUACCCUCGAAUGUCGUUACUAAGACAUUGGACAUUUGUAUAUCUGAUUUUAAUGAUCAUCCACCAGUUUUUGUUACGCCUCUACAUAAUACCACGCUACGUAUACCUGAGAAUACUACUAUCGGCACACAAUUGUUGCAAGUUGUGGCUACCGAUGAGGAUAUUGGCAUGAAUGCCUUAGUUCGCUAUCGCUUGAAACCCGAUCCCUUAGGUAGCUAUAAGAUAUUUGAACUCGACAAUGAGACUGGACAAUUGUUUUUGAAGGAAAAAUUAAAUCGCGAGAAGCAGAAAAUACAUGAGAUAAGAAUUGAAGCUUAUGAUCAGGGCCUACCCACUUCUUUAAGUGCUGAUUUAGACUUAACAAUCUAUAUUAGAAACGUGAAUGAAUACGAGCCACAAUUUGUCGUUGAAGAAAUCAAUGUUAAUUUUACAGAGCAUGCCGAUCCUGGUGCGGAACGAGUUAAACUACCCGAUACAAUCGACAAAGAUGAAGUAGAUGAUCUCGACGAUCCGCCUAGUUUAGUUUGUUAUUUCAUUGUAAGAGGUAAUGAGGAGGGCUAUUUUAAGCUAGAACCUGAAACACAUAUACUCACCACCGUAAGAGAACUCGAUCGUGAAGUUAUUGCCAACUACUCACUUUUUGUAAGAGCUAGCGAAAAUUGUGCGAAUGAUAAGCUGCCCUAUCCCGCUAAUCGUCGUUCGGAUAACUUUUUAGAAAAUAGCCCAACUGCGCAAACAUCUAACUUGAAUGCUGGCCGCAAACAGGGUGGAUUUUUACGAAAUACGGAAUUUUUCGAUCGCUAUAAGCAUUCACGUAAUUUGCGUUCACUUAGCGAUGAAGAAAAUGAAGACUCCUAUGAGAUAAACAAUGGGAAUGUCACGCUAACUAGUGAGGAGCUGCUGUUAUUUGAUAGCACUGUAGUGCGUAUACGCGUACGUGUCUUGGAUGUUAACGACAAUCCGCCCAAGUUUCGUACCAAGGUAUUCACCGGUGGUAUAACCACAAGUGCCGAUUUCGGUACACAAUUUAUGCGCAUCGAAGCCGUCGAUCCUGAUGAAGGUGUAAAUGCGCAGAUCUCAUACUAUAUAAUCAGUGAUAUAAGACAAACAUUAUCAGAGGGUUUGGAUAAUGUUAAGAAGGCGCCCUUUCUUGUGGAUCGUGAGACGGGUAAUGUGCAAUUAAACUUCGAUCCACAAAAGGGUAUGAAAGGAUAUUUUGAUUUUAUGGUGCUAGCCAAUGAUACAUUGGGCAUGAAGGACGUAGCCCAUGUGUUCAUCUAUUUACUAAGAGAGGACCAAAAAGUGAAAUUCGUUUUUCGAUUGCAGCCAGAUGAGUUGAGGCUUAAAAUAAAUGCAUUCAGAGAUACUCUCAGCAACGUCACGGGCGCAAUUGUGAAUAUUGACGAAAUCAAGGUGCAUGAAAACAAAGAUGGCUCAGUGGAUAAGACAAAAACUGAUCUGUAUAUGCAUUUAGUUGAGAGAGAGGAUAACUCCAUUUUCGAAGUACCUGAGGUGCUUAAAUUAAUCGAUCAACAUAUCGAACAUUUGGAUGGGCUUUUCAAAGAGUUAAAUGUUCUGGACACACAGGCUGCAGAGGCAGAAUUGCUAACAGCAGGUCCACCAAAGCCGAUGUUUGUUUGGUUGAUAUUUACCAAUUUAUUCUUGGCCACUCUUUUGGUGGUAACAUUGGCGCUAUGUGCCUCACAGCGAAAGGGUUACAAGAGACAAUUGCGCGCCGCAAAAGUGAAUAUAUUCAGGAAUUCAUCAUUAUCACUGCACAAUAACACCGAACCAGCAACACGAGUCCCCAAUACGAAUAAGCACAGUGUACAAGGCUCAAACCCAAUUUGGCUUAAGGGCUAUGAAAAUGAAUGGUUUAGAAAUGAGGAAAAUCUGAGUCAAGGCGGCCAGGACUCUUUAGAUGAUAAUUUUCUGGCAAUUGGUACACAGGAUAUACAUGAAACACUGAAGGGCACUGCCAAACUCUUCAAUCACACAAAUGACCUCAAUCGUCACUUCAACGUGUACAAUCAAAUUGAUAAAUUAACUAAUAAUGCUCAAAUAUUAGCGCGUAAAUUAGAGACUACAGAGUUAUGAAACAAAAACCAAAACCAAAAU